AUGGUUUGGACUUCAUUCCACUUGGUGAGAGUCUCCUUGAUGACAGCUGGAAAAAAAGUGGCCGCCACUUUGGCGGCUGUGACAGCGGCAGCUGUGAUGGCGGCUGUCGAUGAAAAUGGCGGAAUUGCCUUAGAUGACCUGGAGGCAACCCUUCUUAGAGAAAAUGCCAAGUUAAAAAAGAGAGAAAAGAAGAAAAGCUUCCCGCCGCCGAUCGUUGCUUGCUUAUCUGCCUGUGAGAGAUCGCUGGCGACCCCAUUCGAAACCAGCUCGUCCUUCUGGUCGGGUGAUGGUACAAAUGCACGCACGGGUUGCGCAGGACAACCAGUGUUGCCAACGAGACUAUCCUGCCUCGGGGCAAAUGGAGGCAGAAGCAUUCCUUUGAGAACACGCGAACAAAUAUGCGGUCCCCAGGCUGUGACCAGCAGGAAACUGAAAUGGCGGAAGAGUGUCCAUGACUUGAAAUAUUGUCCAGAUGUCAGGAUCCCCACGAGAUGGGUCAUCGCGGGGGUCACGUUUGUCGGGUUCAUCUUCAACCUGGGUCUCCGAACCUCGAUAAACAUUGCCCUGGUGGCCAUGGUCAACUUUACUGCAGUACCACAGAAACACGACCAUCACGACAACGACAGUCACAGUGGAAACUCGUCUGUCUUGGAAAAAUGUUACAUUCCUGAGAAAACGAUCAACAAUGUGUCGAUAGGCGACACAUUGAGCAUAUCCGGGAAUGUGACUUCGAGGCUCAGUGGACCGUCGUCAUCCGGAGAGGGUUCGUUCGUCUGGGACGAAACGGCACAAGGAGCCAUUCUGGGCAGCUUCUAUUGGGGCUACGUGUUCACGCAGCUGUUGGGUGGGCGACUGUCGGAACGCUUCGGCCCGAAGCGGGUGCUGAUGGGCAGUCUGGUCAGCGCCACGGUCGUCACCCUGCUGAUACCCAGCGUGGCACACUUGGGCGUCGGCUGGGUCAUCGCCUUCCGCAUCCUGCAGGGCAUCUGCGAGGGACCAACAUUCCCAACCAUGAAUGUGAUCAUCUCCCGCUGGGCUGUGGCGAAUGAAAGAAGCAUGAUGGUCAGCGUGAUCUACACAGGCGGCCCAGCUGGAACCAUGCUCACUUUGUACAUUGGAGGCCUGAUCAUCCCUUUGCUGGGAUAUCAAGCCAUCUUCUACCUUACAGGCGUGGGUUGCCUCUUUUGGGCACUGGCUCACUGGUUCCUCGUUUACGACAGCCCAGCUGAACACCCACGGAUAACCGAGAAGGAACUAGCCAUGUACCCGAAGUCAGCCAUUUGCAAUAAAACGGCUGUGAAAACUGUGCCAUGGAGGAAAAUUCUCACAUCAACAGGGGUGUGGUCUGUGAUCGUCUGCACGUUUUCCAAGGGCUGGGCAAUGUCAAUUUCUUUCAUGAUCCCGAUCUACUUGAAGGCCGUCCUGGGUUUCGACUUGAAAUCGAGACUGACAUUUGCAGACGUAUUCGGGAACGCGAUAUGCUUCUUUCUUCUAUCCUUCGCCGGAUGCGACUACGUCGCAGCAAUCGUGGCUCUCACGGUCGGCUCGAUGCUUGGAGGAGCAGCUUAUUCCGGUUAUAACGCUUGCGUGAUGGAAAUGAGCCCCACCUACACAGGCACGGUUGGUGGUUUGUCUGCAAUGGGAUUCUCAGUGGGAAGUUUCUUGUCGCCCAUGGUGGCUGGCAUGCUUCUUCAAGGCAGGUGUUCAUUGGGAAACCGUCACUAUCCCCGCGCGACGAAAGCCCGGGACACGAAAGCCCCGCGCGACAAUAGCCCUAAGAGUGAAGCUGCUCUGGCUGGCUGGCUGGCUUCUGCUAGCUGGCGGCCAUUACGGUCGAGGACGCGAGAGCGCGCCAAGAAGAGAAUGCAAAACCUCACGCAGUGGGCAAUAGUUUACCAGCAAGCAGGAGCGAUAUUCAUCGUGGGCGGCAUCUUCUUCAUCAUCUUCGGAACUGCAGAGAGAUUGACUUUCGAUCCCCAACCUGAACCCGAACAAGACCCCAAAAAAUCCGUUACUCAAGCCACACUCGUGAUUGAUGCUAGGGAAGAGGAGAAAACACAAGCAAAUCAGACAGCAGGACAUGUCAACGAAGCAUUCAGCAACUACAGGGAAGAGGAAGUGGGUCGGAAUAAAUCGUCUCACCUGGGUGAUAUAAAUCUUCACAACCCGAAUGCGCACAUCACCAGCAGUGGACUUGAGACUUCGGAAGACGCAGUUUUCAAUGGAAAGAGUGGAUACAUGAGAAGUUCCCCCAGCAAGAUCUACAUGAGAAGUUCCCCCAGCAAGAUCCAAGACAAAAACGUUCUUCACCAACCUGGAAGGAAUCACAAACGAUCUCAGACAUCCAAGGAAGGAGAACUUCAAGGAAAGCAGGUCUAG